CACUGCUCGCUUUACGACAGAGCGUGCUGCUGGAGGUCAGGGGCAUGACGAGAGCUCGAGCUCUGUAAUCUUUAACGGAAAAAAAAACGGUAUUUCAACGGGGGAAAAAAAUCCACACAGUCACCUUGGGCUCUGGUGGGGCAUCGUCUUCUGGUGUCGGUGAAUCCAGCCGCUCGUCGCUGAACGUUUUGUCUCGGGGGGGGGGGGUUGAGUUUAGAGACGUAGCUAGUUCUCGCUAACAUCAGGCAAGUCGACUCGGCUAGCAGCUCCCACCUGGCCCCGGUUUUCGCCAGGUGACCCCCUCGGAUCUUCUACAGCCAUGGACAACAACUCACAGAGAUCAGGGGGAAUGAAAGGAGGUCUCGGGGGUCUCUUUGGAGGCGGUGCUCCUGAAUACUCCAACACAGAGCUCGCCGGUGUUCCCUUGACUGGAAUGAGUCCCCUGUCCCCCUACCUCAAUGUCGACCCUCGUUACCUGGUUCAGGACACAGAUGAGUUCAUCCUACCAACAGGUGCCAAUAAAACCCGAGGGAGGUUUGAACUGGCUUUCUUUACUAUUGGAGGAUCCUGUAUGACAGGAGCAACAUUUGGGGCUUUGAACGGUCUCAGGAUGGGCCUGAAGGAGACCAGAGACAUGGCAUGGUCCAAACCUCGUAACGUACAGAUUCUCAACAUGGUAACCCGACAAGGUGCUUCAUGGGCCAACACUCUGGGCUCCAUUGCCUUGUUAUACAGUGCUUUUGGUGUGGCGAUAGAGAAGGCCAGGGGAGCAGAGGAUGACAUCAACACAGUGGCUGCUGGGACGCUAACAGGGAUGCUCUUUAAAUCAGGCAGUGGUCUAAAAGGUGUAGCUCGUGGGGGUCUAGCUGGUUUAGCUCUGUCUGGUGCCUACGCUCUCUACAACAACUGGGACCACAUCACUGGCUCCUCGACUUCAUCGUCUAGGCUGUAUUAACCUUCUACCACACACAUCUGUUUCCACAUUAGGGCCAAACAUCUCUCCCAGGACACAGCCUUUAACCACAGCACUGAGAGGAAUUAAACUCUGGUCGAAUGCAGUGUACUGUAAGGAGAGCACGAGUCUCCUAUUCAUUACCACCUUACCUUGCUGGAGCAUUCUGGGAAUUUAAAGAAGAUGAUGUAUAAAUUGGGACUUAAUUCCACUUCAGAUCCAGAUGUUUGCUGACCUAUAACACCAUUUGUUUUUAUCCUUUAUGGAUUUCUUGUUGCUGAUGAGAUCAGUAAUAAGACCCUGUGAGGAUCCUGCAAAGAGUUAUAUGUUUUAUCAUUGUUUAAAGAAGGCUACUUCAAGUCUUCUUUGAUGAUUGUUAGGAAGUUAUUGAAGCCCUUAUAUGGGUGAAAAUGAGCCGGAGUGGCGUCUGAGGUGCGUCUCCAGAUGAUUCUGAUUGUGGACUGAAAGUCUCUUCUAUCAUUGUAGAAGAGCAGUGAGAUACUCAACUAAACAUGGAAUGAAGCCUUACGGUCUCUUCUACUCUUGUAUUUAUUGAAGUGUAUUAUCAGUGGGUUUUGUUUUACUGUGAAAGAGGAAAUCACUGUAAAGCUGUGAGUGAUUAUCAGCUGUUUAUGUAUUCCAUCAAACCUGCUGUUUAAAAAACUAAUAAAAAAAGGAAAUGUUGCCAAAGA